GAAGUUAUAAUCUGUUAAUGCUUAUGGUUUUGAUCCGUUUUUUGUCCUCCUUCUCUGACAUUGCUUGAAGUUUUGGCUUUGUUGAAACUCUUUGAAACAUGUGCUUCAAUGUUGACUACAGGUGGUAUUUGUAUUGGGGAAGUUUCUUGGUGCCACCGUUCAAGAUUUGGAAGAGAAGCAGAAUAGCAAGAAAGGAACGGUUUGUAACUAGAAAUUGUUGUUAGCAAAGUUGUGAAAAAGAAAAACAAAUUCGGAACCUAUGAUCCGAAAAUUAUUUAUGUUCGGAAGCUACGCUCCAUAAUUACUCUAGGGGUAAUUUCGUCAGUUUGAGGGGCCUAAGAGUAAUAUUGGGGGGCCUAAAAAGCAAUUUUCAUAAAAACAUCAUAGUUGUUUUGGUCCAUGUCACAAGCUUUGCCGUCAAGGGCGGAGAUGGUGGUGAUCAUUCUUCCCUGAGCUCUUAACUUUCAAAGCAGUACAUUUCCAACAUCUAAAACUAUUGUGUUGUGCUGACAAACGUGCGUGGUUGUCAAUAGGAGCUUCCUUUUCCCUCAAAUCAGAUGGCUUUUUUAUUUCAGAAAUUUCAAGAGGCUGUGAAAACUCUUGCAAAAAGUCCCACUUUUGCUUUUGCUAGGGAUCCAAGACAACUACAGUUUGAAGUUGAUCUUAAUCGUUUGUUCCUUUAUACAAGCUAUAAUCGAUUGGGGAAGAAUGCUAGCGAAGCAGAUGCAGAAGAGAUUAUUGAAAUGGCCAGUAAAGCCUCUGUUGCUGAUCAACAAAUGGUAGUACAAGAAAAUGUUCAUUCUCAAAUUAAAGCAUUUUGCACGAUUAUGGAUGAAGUUCUUCUUCCAAAUGAAAAGAUACUGAGUGACGACUUCUUCAAGUUAUCUCAACAAACAAACAUUUUACCUCAACAUAGUGUGCUUAGUUCUGCCAAUGGUGUCCCAAAACAAAGACCGAUAAGCCAAGCUGAACUUUCUCAGAAACUGAAGGAUGAACUUGGCUACACACUCAAUGUUAAACGUUCUCAAAUAUCUCACAAGGACGCUGGCCAAGGUCUAUUUUUAGAUGGUGUUGUAGAUGUUGGUGCUGUGGUAGCCUUUUAUCCGGGAUUAGUCUACUCCCCGGCUUAUUAUGAUCAUAUCCCUGGAUAUCUUGAUGAACAAAACCCCUAUUUGAUUACAAGACAUGAUGGGACUGUCAUCGACGCCCAACCUUGGGGUCGUGGAGGUGACAGGAAAGAACCGUGGAAUGGUGGAAAAAUGGUAGAUGAGAAAGGGUCUCAAGUAGAUAAUAGUGAUGAUGUACUCGAGCGUAGAAGUCCAUUAGCGUUGGCACAUUUUGCUAAUCAUCCUUCAAAAGGGAUGCUACCAAAUGUCAUGAUCUGCCCUUAUGAUUUUCCGUUGAUUGAAAAUGACAUGAGAGCUUACAUUCCUAAUAUAUUAUAUGGAAAUGAAGAAGUAAAUAUGAAGAGAUUUGGCAGUUUAUGGUUCAAAUCUAGAGUUCCAAGGAAUAGUGAAUCACAUGUUCCUACUACUUUGAAAACUGUUGUUUUGGUAGCAACUAGGGUUCUUCAAGAUGAGGAACUUCUCUUGAACUACAGGUUGAGCAACACUAAGCAGUUGCCGGAAUGGUAUGCUCCAGUCGAUGAAGAAGAGAUCACAGAAAGGUGAAAUUAGUGAAUGGCAUGACGAAGUCAAAACGGCAGCUUAAUGAAGUCAUUUUUUCUUUUCCAUUAUUUUCACAUUAACACAAAGUUGUAAGAAUGAGGUCAUGUCUUUUUGUGAUGGAUGAAACAUAUGAUAUGACCAAAUUUUAAGGUUUGAUUUAGGUUCUUUUUCAGAUGUCAAAAUACUCAUCAAGGCAUCUGACAGAAUGUGGCUAUAAUCAAACUAAAUAAAUCAAGGCAAUAUUUGGUAGAUGUGUUGAGAAGAAAAGUGGAUAUGAUAUGAUGAGUUAUAUUUUAGAGUUGGUUCAUUCUAAUAAUAAAUUCAAAUAGCAUUUCAA